AUGGAGAAGCGAGCGUGCCGAAUAUGCCAGUCCGAGACCGGUGAAAUGGUUCGACCGUGUGCUUGCACAGGAACUCUGCUAAUCAUUGCCAUUCUAACUCAGACAAUUUUUUUCAUUCUGCCAAUGAUGCAGUGCGUGUUACAGAUGGGUGAUAUCCACGAACGUUGCUUGAAUGAAUGGCUUCUGCGCUCCAACAACAAUGACCGUUGCGAGAUUUGCCACGAGAAAUACUCCAAAUCAGGAAACAUUCUGCAGCCAAUAUGGAAGUGGCAGAAGCCACAUAUCGAGAUGACGAACAUCGUCGAGGUGUCCUCGGUGAUUUGCUUAUCACUGUGCCUUUGGUAUAUGAUAACUCUGACCAUUGAGCGCGAAUUCAUCGAGCGUAUUUUCUCAGCCGGCCUGCCGCCACGAUCGCCGGAUAUCGCACGCAUAUGUAAGCCUGUGUCUCUUAUUACUGCUACGUCUCAAAUUACGCAGUAA